CCAGGUUCAUGGACAAGAAGCUGUCACUAAAACUGAAUGGUGGGAGGCAUGUACAAGGAAUUCUGCGAGGCUUCGACCCCUUCAUGAAUCUUGUGGUGGAUGAGUCGGUUGAGAUGGCGCCUGGUGGACAGCAGAACAACAUUGGCAUGGUGGUUAUUCGAGGGAACAGCAUUAUUAUGCUUGAAGCCUUAGAACGAGUGUAGUGAAGACAGCGUUAUUGCUGAAAAGAUGACAUAAACGUGAUGAGCCGAGAGAAUUGUGAGCUGUGUGUUGUUUAUCCUUAGUUUCUGUGAGGGGCGACAAUUUGUUCCAAGUUAAUGUGGUGCAACAUAACUUCUGACUAUUUUAUAAUUUUGUCCUUUGAUUGACAAGACAUUUAAACCUCCUUUAGUAUGAAAGCAUUCUGUAUUGUUCUGUGUCAGUGAACACCAAAUGAUCUUUAAUAAAAUUGACUGGUUCCUGAAAAUAA